AUGUCUUCAGAAAAAUCGCCCCCGAAGACUCCUAUAGCACGAACCACUACACAAUCUGACUCCGAUAUUCUUAAUGCAAUGGAUGGGGAGAAUGUUAAUAUCACAACCCGCUGCAAGAGACCCCGUACAGAACUAUCUUCGCCAGAAAUUGAGAGCAACUCUCUCAGGGAUAUGAUUAGGCAAGAAAUCCAGAGCGCAUUACAGGACGCGAUGAAGUGCUUCGUACAAGACCAACUCAACACUAUCAGGGAUAUGGUAUCGGAAUUCAAAAAGUCGCUGUCAUUUUUUAACGAAAAGUACGAAGCAGUGAAGAUAACGCUAGAGGAAAAGUCCAUUAAGAUACAAAAACUGGAAAAAGACAACUAUGAUUUACAAAGUUCACUGAAAGAUAUGACUAUGCGCGUGAAUAUUUUAGAACAGCAAGCUCGUUCUAGCAAUAUAGAAAUGCAAUGUGUACCCGAACACAGGGCAGAAAACUUAGUGUCAACUGUUCUUCAGCUAAGCAGAGUGAUAGGCUGUGACAUAAAGGAAACCGACAUACAACUUUGCACUAGGACUGCCAAGAAAGACAAGCAAAAUACACGGCCCAGAUCAGUACUAGUUAAAUUCAACAGCCCUCGAUUGAGAGACACUUUCCUGGCAGCAUCCAUCCAGUUCAACAAAACCAACUCAAGCGACAAACUCAAUUCAAGCCAUCUCGGUAUAGCCACAGACAAACCUGUGCCUAUUUUUAUUACUGAGCAUCUCUCACCAGAAAAUAAAGCUCUUCAUGCAGCGACGCGAGUACGAGCUAAGGAACUGGGAUUUAAGUUUGUUUGGGUCCGCAAUGGUCGGGUAUUUAUGAAAAAGGAUGAACAUUCUCAAAGCUUACUUAUACGAGAUCAUGAAAAUCUCAAAUUGUUAACCUAA